AUGUUCAUCUCCUCGGCCGGCACCUACGGGGCGGGCGGGGAGGCCCCGGCGGCCGCCGUCUUCCCGGCCCUGCACGAACCCCCGCCGCCGCCGCUCAACGGGCAGAUGCGCCUCGGGUUGGCCGUGGCGGCGGCAGCGGCGGCGGCGGCCGAGUUCUACGGGCGCGUCGAGCCUUUCCGCACCUCCUCCGCGGCCGCCUCUGAGGCGCCCUUCGGCCCCGCGCCGCCGGCCUACUUGGCAGCGGCGGCGGCCCUGCAGCAGCAGCAGCACCCGGCGUCGGGGGCACCUCCUCCUCCUCCUCCCCCGGGCUCGCAGCCCCCCCACCCGGCGGCGGCGGCCUUCCUGCGCUACAUGCGGCAGCCGAUCAAGCAGGAGCUGAUCUGCAAGUGGCUGGAGGGCCCUCCGGCCGGGGGGGUCCCGGGGACGGCAGGGGCGCCCUGCUGCUCCAAGACCUACGGCACCAUGCACGAGCUGGUCAGCCACGUCACGGUGGAGCACGUCGGGGGCCCGGAGCAGAGCAGCCACGUGUGCUUCUGGGAGGAGUGCCCCCGCCAGGGGAAGCCCUUUAAGGCCAAGUACAAGCUCAUCAACCACAUCCGCGUCCACACCGGCGAGAAGCCCUUCCCCUGCCCCUUCCCCGGCUGCGGCAAGGUCUUCGCCCGCUCCGAGAACCUCAGGCCCGCUCGCUUGAGCCACACCGGGGAGAAGCCUUUUAAAUGCGAGUUUGAUGGCUGCGACCGGAAAUUUGCAAACAGCAGUGACCGGAAAAAACACUCCCACGUUCAUACCAGUGACAAGCCAUAUUUCUGCAAAGUCAGAGGUUGCGACAAAUCCUACACCCACCCGAGCUCCUUGCGCAAGCACAUGAAGAUCCACUGCAAGUCCCCCCCACCUUCCCCACCCCUGGGGCCUCACGGCCUGCACCCUGCAGGGACACCGUUGGGGGACCCUCUCUCCCCUCUCCUGGACUCUGGCAGGGGCCGUCCUGCCAAUCUUUCUCCUCAGGUGACCAACCUCAACGAAUGGUACGUCUGCCAGGCCAGUGGGGCACCCAACCACCUCCACACGCCAUCGAGCAACGGCACAUCUUCAGAGGAGGAAGAGGAGGAGGAGGAAGAGGAGAUUUAUAGGAACUCUGAGGCCAGAACUAUUCAUUAA